AACCCCAGUGUCCCGCGCAUCUAACAGCUCGGGAUAUAUCUGAAUCUGAACAUACACUUUCAGAUUCACCACGUCAUUAGCACAUUAUUAGCGAGCCGAAAGGCCCCUAGCAUCAUCCAUCAUGACAGGCCAAACAUCAAGUGAACCAACGUCAAAUGCCACUAGCGACAACCAGAUUUCCCUCACUGUCGAAUUCUCGGGAGGUCUUGAAAUGUUAUUCGACGACCAGCGCCGGUACGAAGUAUCGGUUCCUGCGGUCGCCGAAGAUGGAAAACCGGCCACUAUUGCCUUCCUCGUGGGCUAUCUAUGCCAGAACCUCAUGAAGGAUUCUCGCAAAGAAUUGUUCGUCCUAGAUGACCACAUCCGACCGGGCAUCCUUCUUCUGAUCAACGAUACAGACUGGGAGCUGGAGGGCGAAGAACUGUAUGAGCUCAAGAAUGGCGAUCACAUCCUUCAAACCCUGCUGGUUGCCGUUUCGAUGCCUUCGGCCUCCUUGGUUAAAUCGCAUUCCAUCUCGGGGCGGACAGAUGCUAGCCAGUCAGCAGAUCUGGGCCGCAGUCCCGAUGUGCCUGCCAAAUUCUGUCUUCGGCAACGACGGCUCGUCUCCCGAGAGAAAAAUGCGAGGGGAGAGGCGGAGAAGUCCAAUAUCUAUAUGGGCCUCUUGAAGUCAGGCAUGAUGGGCUGUAGUCUAGAGUGCACCAGCCUGUAUCUACCCCUGACAAGCCGUGCGCCUGCAGCUUGA